AUGGCUUGGGACCACCUUGACAUCGACAAGCCUCACUUGGCUUACAUGAUCCUGGGCGGCUUUACUGGCCUGUUCAUGUUAUGCUCGCUCUUUGUGAAGGAAAAGCUUUACAUUGGUGAAGCUACCGUGGCAACCAUCUGCGGUAUCAUCUUCGGACCGCAUGCUGCAAACUUAUUCAAUCCCCACACCUGGGGCAAUGUGGACAAGAUCACUCUGGAAGCCUCGCGGAUCGUCCUGGUCGUGCAAUGUUUCGCUGUCGGCGUCGAAUUGCCAAAGGCUUACAUGGAACGACACUGGAGAUCAGUCUCGUUGUUGCUGCUGCCGGUGAUGACCUGGGGCUGGCUCAUCACCAGUCUCUUCAUUUGGUGGAUGAUCCCCCCACUCAACUGGCUCGAGAGUCUUGUAUGCGCGGCCUGUGUAACGGCGACGGAUCCUGUCCUGGCAUCAUCCGUCGUUGGUAAAGGUAAAUUCGCCAAGCGUGUGCCCAAGCAUUUGCGUGACCUCCUCUCCGCCGAGUCCGGUUGCAACGAUGGCAUGGCCUUUCCCUUUAUUUACCUGGGAUUCUACAUCCUGCGGUACCGCCCCGAUGCCGGCAAAGUCUCUCUGAACUGGUUCUGUGUGACGAUCCUGUACGAGUGCGUUCUGGGAGCUAUCUUUGGAUUCACAAUUGGCUACGCCGCCCGUCACUCAAUCAGGUAUGCUGAAUCCAAAAGUCUGAUUGACCGAGAAAGUUUUCUCGUGUUCUACUUCGUCCUGGCUGUGUUCUGUGCCGGCGCAGGAAGUCUCCUGGGUAUGGACGACCUUCUCAUUGGAUUCGCGUGCGGAGUCGGCUUCAGUAAUGACGGUUGGUUCACGGAAAAGACGGAGGAGUCUCACGUCUCCAACGUCAUUGAUCUAUUGCUCAAUCUGGCGUACUUUGUCUACUUUGGGUCCAUCAUUCCCUGGGAAGAUUACAAUGCUCCCGACAUCGGCUUGACCCCUUGGCGAUUAGUCGUCAUUGCGAUUCUGGUCAUCCUUUUCCGCCGAAUCCCCAUCAUGCUCGCGAUGAAACCGUUCAUUCCAGACGUCAAAACUUGGCGCGAGGCGCUCUUUGCUGGUCAUUUUGGUCCCAUUGGUGUGGGCGCUAUCUUCGCCGCGAUUCUCGCCCGGGCAGAAUUGGAACAUGACAGCACACAACCACUCCCCGAGGGCGAACUAAGGCCACAAGACCUGGAAAAUCCUAAUAACUACAGCGUCGCCAGACUGAUCUGGCCCAUCACCACCUUUAUGGUCAUCUCCUCUAUCUUGGUCCACGGGUCAUCGAUCGCCGUCUUCACACUAGGCAAGCGUAUCAACACCCUGACAAUCACUUUGUCAUAUACCCAAGCCAAUGAGGAGGGACCGUCAUGGAUGAACCGUCUUCCCCGUGUCCAGUCAAUUGCCAAAGGAUCAAUGUCCUUCCGGAAGCAAGAUGAUUCCGAUUCCGAAGAGAAGCUGCCAGAGUACCCACCCGGUCAGUUGCCACCGAUUGGCAUGCCCGGCAAUUUCCUACGUCGCGUUCGUGAGGAGGACAGCGAAACCCAGUCUGCUCAGCCCGCUCCACGGAAGGCUACCCGCCGAAAGCGCCGAAAGAACGACGACCGUGCUGGUGGUCCGAUCAGUCAAUCCGCGAUCAUGCCCCAGCGACGAACAGAGAGCGAAAUUGAAGAUGGGGUAACCGAUGAACUUGACCAGCGGGAUCGCUUUGGCCAUGAACCGGAAGUGGAAGUCUUCCAGGAGGGUCACAGAAUGGUCGUCGAGGAUGAGGAGGGUAACGUCUUAAAGGUCGAGGAUACUAGUCACAUGACUCCCGAGGAGCAAGCCCGUCAUAUCGAAGAGCAAAGACGGCGUCUACAGGAAGAUACUUCCGGUGUUCUUGCGCCAUCCAAGAACGAGCCUCACGCCAAGAAUGAAGGCGAAGAGUUCGAAGAAGCCGUCGGCAAACAUACAGGCCAUCCUGUACAGAAAGCGCGGUCUCGCUGGACAAAUUGGACUGGAUAUGGGAAAGAUCAAGUCAAGGAGAAACCCGAAGCAUCCAAGGCGAGACCUACACCUCUCAAGUCUAAGCCGGCUGAUGGUGAGAAGAAGGGCCGCUCUGCACAUGCUUACCAAUUCGGUAACACCAUUAUUGUGGAGGAUGAGGAUGGCGAGGUGAUCAAGAAAUACACCAUCCCGGCGACUGAUAAACCUGGCAAAUCCAAGGCCAAUGCCGAUGAACAGCAAGCCGGAAAGGAAAGACCGGCUCUUCGAUCUGGUCUUAAACGCAUGGGUACCUGGCUUGGCAACCAGGAAAAGGGUGAAUCUUCACAGGCUGCACAAAAGAAGAAGCCCGCGCCUCGCACCGAGACUGACGAUUGGGCCACCGAUGACGGUCUUCGAUUCACGCUUGCACAGAGCUCCGACGUUGAUUCCAAGGGUAUCGGCCACAAGGGUCGUCGCAUGAACAAACACGAGUUCUUCCAGCAGAUCAAGGGUCUGGAUGCUAAGGCUCGUCGUGACAUUGUACAAAACACCGAUGCCCCUGAGCAUAUCAAAGAGGCUGCGCAGGAGGAUGUCAAACAGUCCGAGAACAAGGAACGUCGUCUGUCUGCAGCUGCCAUGGCUGCUUCGACAGGUGUGAAGCCUCCAGAGGAGGGCGCCGAUCUAGUAUCGGAGUCUGCCACAGACAGCGAGAGCGAGGACGACGAAGAUUUCUCAGAAGGUAAUGAAGUAGAGGCAACUGGCCCCAAUGUGGCUUCCUCCCUUGCCAAAUAUACUCGUGGAAGCUCGGCGCAAGAGCGCCGCAGCAAAUUGAGCCCUGCCCCAACUCGUGAGCGCCGCCGCCGCGACUCGGACGACGAUGGUACGGAGCGUAUUCCACCAUCGCGUCUGCGUCGUGAGGCCGGACUAGCUCCCACUCCACGCCAAGCCGACGACGAGACCGGCGAGACACCCGCUGAACGUCGACGUCGUCUCGCUGCCCUUGGCGAAGCAGACAACGAGCAGACUUCUGACUCGGAAAGCGAUGAUGAUUUGGCUGUAGUCGAAGAAUCUGACGAGGAUGAAGAGAAGCCCCGUACAACACCCGGCAGGAUUCAAUUCGCUCCUACCGAUCGACCCUCCGAACCAUCAUCCACUGAGGGUGCCGAGCAGUCAUCUUCACCUGGUCUCGGAUCAGAUCAAUUCACUCGUGGUCAUCGGCCUCGUAUCUCAUGGGGUGGGGAAAAGGGCCGAGAGCACUAA